AUGGCACCUUCCAAGGUGUUCCAGCGAUCUUUUUCUAAGUCGUGGUCAUCUUCGCUCGAACAUCUCCUCUUCGGUAUCUUGGUCACCGAAACCGACACCGAUGCAUGCUUGGCCCACAAGGGUAUCGGUGUCACAAUAUCUUUUCAGCUCGCCGCCCCAGAAACAACUCUCAAAAGCCAACGUACUACCAUGGAGACCCUCAGCACCAUCGAACAGGCCACCCGCUUUGGCCGCCGUGCCACCCGUGGAGGUGGUGCGGGCGGCUUCGGUUGCUGUGGCAUCUUUCUCGUCUUGAUGAGCGCCUCCAUGCUUUUUUGGAACGAAGGUCGUGCCGUGAGGCGCUACAGCAUCCUCCAUGAAGGAUCCAAAGCUGUGGUCGAUAUCACCAACAUUAAUGAAGUGGACCCGGCCAACGAGGGGAAACUGGUUCAUUUGGUUGGAACGACGAAGAACAGCCGCCCUGUCACGGACAAGAAGUUUGGCGUGACGGCGGAUGCCUUGAAGCUCGGUCGCACAGCGGCAAUGUACCAAUGGGAAGAAAAGACCGAGUCUCACACAGUCAAGCACCCGGAUGGCAGCACAUCCAAUGAAGUCUCGUACACCUAUGAUCGUGUCUGGUACCCGGCACCCAUUGAUUCCAAUGUUUUCCACAAACCUGAGCAUCACACCAAUCCUGGGCCCUUGCCGUAUCAUGCCAUGUUGGACAAGGCUGACAUCGUCUCAAUCGGUGCCUACGAGGCGUCUCAAGACAUGGUAGAUGGAUCCAUGAACUGGUUCUCCUACAAAACGGACGGGAUCUCUGUCGAGAACAUCACCGAUCCCUCCACAAAAGCCAAGGCCAAGGCCAUUCCGGGAGGAUUCUACUUUGGUUCAGAUCCGUCCGUACCCAAAGUGGGAGACUCCAAGGUGACCUUUCAGGUUGUUCUUCCCUCUGUUGUGACUGUCAUGGCCCAACAGACCGGAAAGAGCUUUGCUCCCUACAAGGGCAAACACGCUGGCAAAAGCGGCGAACUCAUGUUUGUACAAUUGGGAAACCACACUGCACAGGAAAUUUUUGCCAAUGAAAUCUCCAGUAACAAGUUCUUGACAUGGCUCUUUCGCUUCCUUGGGGUUUGCCUCAUGUAUGCUGGGGUUGGGGGCAUGCUAAGUCCGUUGGCCAUGAUGUUGGAUUCCAUUCCCUUGAUUGGACGGUGCAUUGGAAACACCUUGCUCCCUCUCCUGAACAGUAUCGUGGCGGGUGCUUUUGCUGGUGUUGUCAUUGCUGUGGCUUGGCUUCGUUUCCACCCUUUGGCGGGGGUUUCCUUCAUCUUGUUUGUCGGUGGUUUGACCUUUUUGGCGGUUCGAAAGUCCAAGCAAAUGAACGCGGAGGGACGAGGAGAUGCAGUUAUUGCCGCUGACGAAUCUGAUCCAACCGAGCCCCUGCUUGAAGAAGGCGAGGACGAUGAGGCAGACGAUCAAGGAGAACCUGUUUAA